AUGUCGAUGUUGGCCGCGUACGUGCUCCUGUGGGGGAUAGGGACAUCGGCCAACGCAGUUAAGAGCUGGUCACAUAUCGACCGGGAUUGUGAGCUUGUGGUGCACGAGAGGCCACCGAAGCCCGGCUCGCAGGGCGUGUUCAGUAGCCCCGGAUAUCCGGCUCCAUUUCCGGACCGGAAGUUCUGCGUCCGACACCUGUUCCGGGCGCCUGAGGAUCACCUGGUGCAGCUGGUACUCAUCAAUGUGGACUUGGACGCCUCGUUUCAAAGGCCUGCGCUGGUCGGCUGCCUGUCCGUGUUUACCCGGCUGGCCGGGCCGGCCCGUGCCCAGCUGACCCGGCGACCCGACACCGUCGUCUGCGACAACGCCACCUCGGCCCGACGCGCCUGGUACAGCAGCUCGCCUCUCCUCGCCGUGGAGUUCGCCGCCGACGGCAACGCUGGCCGGCGGGCCGGCUUCGCGGGCUUGUACCGGUUUGUGAACCGCGCGCUGUUCGUGACCCGUGGCCAGCGCCUGCCCGGCCCCAACUGUCAGCUGCUGCUGAUGAGCGAGGACCGUCUCUCGGGUCACAUCUUCUCCGAGGGGUUUCCGGCGGCGUCGCCGGUCCGCGACUGCUCGUACACGCUGUACGGCUCUCGCCGGCAGCGGGUGGUCCUCAGCGUGCGGCAGCUGGCCCUCCAGCCGGCGGACAGCACAUGCCUGCACGGCAGCCGCCUGACGGUGCAUGACGGCGUCAACGAGAGGUCGCAGGCGAUCGGCUCGCUGUGCCAGACGGACCGCAGGCUGGAGCUCGUCUCCUCUGGACCGUUCCUGCACGUGACGAGCCAUGUGGCCGAUGCGUCGCAGUCGGACGAGGUCAUGGGCUUCAUGCUUCAGUACCGGUUCGAGGCCGAUCCCGUCAAGCACAGCGUGCCGGAGGAGUUUGUGGGAUGA